AUGAUAAUACUCGUAAUAAUAAUAGAAAUUGGCAUCGGACUGAUUGCAUUCGGAUGCGGUUUUACCACCCUUGGCGUCUUUCUCUUCUUCGACCGAGCUUUAUUAGCCAUGGGCAACCUCAUGUUCCUCUCUGGAGUGACCACGACGAUCGGCCCGAGAGCGACGAUGAAAUUUUUCAUCAAACCUCGAAAUCAGAGAGGCGCGUUUUGUUUCAUACUCGGAUUACUGUUAGUGUUGAUGAAAUGGGCGGUAGUUGGGAUGAUUAUAGAGUGUUACGGGUUCUUCGCGUUGUUCGCUGGAUUUUUUCCAACCGUCCUUUUGUUCUUGCAACGCGUGCCAGUGUUGGGGACGAUGUUGCGGUUUCCCGGGGUGAAUCAGUUCGUGAAGAAAAUAGUGAAGAAGGGGCAACGGUUACCCGUCUGA